AUGCAAUUCCGAAAUUCGACUAAACUGAAGAAACAAAUUGAGAAAUUCCAUGUGGAAUUUUUGACUUCUUGCAAAAUUCGAAUCAAAUUCUAUCCAUCGCUGACGCAAGAGUUGGUUUUUGUAUUGAAAAAAUUGGAAGAGUCAGAACAUUUGAAUAACUAUAAGAAUGUUAAAAAUGAUCUGUAUAUUAAUGGGGACUGGAAACCAAAUCGUCGUACGAUCGGUCAUGCCGAAUGGUAUCCGUUCACUAAACCAUACGUUUCGGAAUAUUUACUAACAGUUCACCAUUUGAAUAGUUCUGCCAGUUCUGCUACAUUAACAUGGGUCUCUUACCUGUCCGAUUUGUUCUCGGUCCCAGCAACAUCUCUUGCCAUCAAUUAUAAUUGUUUUGGGACAGAAGACAUCGAUAGAAUCAUGGAAUGCCACUGCUCGCUUACAAGUUUUGAAAUUGAUAGUGAUAUCAGUCAAGAAGUAGAUCAAAAACUUGCGAUUUCAAUUCUAGAACGUCAAAAUGCCACGAAAGAGCUAAAGAUAUCUUUGAAACCUACUAACGAGACCUUUCAAUUCGAUCUCAACUCUUUCCACAACAUUCCAGAGUAUCUAGAAAUUGGAUAUUCGUUUUGGGUCAAGUGGGAACAGGUUUUCGAUUUGAGAUCUAAUGCCAAUUAUCUCCUGAGAUCGAACUUUUCAAAUUUUCAUUUCAAAGACUUGGUAGAGAAGUGGAAAGGUGGCUGGACACCGAAAUGGAAUCGUAUUAUGAUUGAAGCUAACGAAAUUCUGGAUAUCGACUCAUGGAUUACAGAUCCUGUAAUUAAUCUCAGUGCGAGAGAAAUCGAUAGCAGACAUUUAAUGAUUAUAAACCCCGUCAUCCAUGCAUACAAAUUCCAAGACAAGUGCAACUACCCAUUCGGGGAGAUUAUAAAAAAUGGGUAUAAUAUCACUCGCUGCGAUAAAUCAAUUGCAACAGUCACUGUCGAGAACCAAAAAAUUGGAUGGUUCAUAAUUCAGAGCAAUGAACCGAAUGCUGGACACUUUGUUUAUUCCCAUAAGCGAACUUACUAUUACGAGUCCCGUCGCAAUCAAUUCAACCUUGGAGAAAUGAUAGAAAACAAAGAGGAACAACCGAAACGAAAUGACACAGAGGGAGAUUCUGAUGAAACACCACUGAAUCUGAGAAUGCAAGAUAAGAUCGAAAAAUCGGGUUUUGUGAAACUUCCAGGAUGCAACGAAUUCAAAUACGACUGGAAUGAUUACACGUUCAUUAAAGAGUUAGGCACGGGAGCGUCAGGAAGCGUUUUUUUGUAUGAACUGAAAAAACAGAAGGUUGCUAUCAAAAUGAUUCAUAGAGCUCCCGGACUUCCACAACAUUCAGAAAUGUUUCUGACCGAAUUAAAGAUUUUGGAAAGUUUGAAAUCUCCAUUCAUCAUUCAGAUAUUUGGUUAUCUUCUGUCGGAAAAGGAAAUGAAACUCAUUCUGGAGCCUAUGAAAAUGAGCGUGGAGUCGUUGAUUAAACCGAAUGAGCUUUUGCCAAAGCAAGUGGUUAGAAUGAUCAUAUACAAAGCCAUCUGUGGUAUAGAGUUUUUGCUCACUCAAAAUCUCCUUCAUUCCGACAUCAAGCCUUCCAACAUGCUUUUGGACGAAAAUGGAGAAGUGAAACUAUCAGAUUUUGGAAUUUCAAUCGAUUUUACAAAAAAGAAAUAUUCCGGCGGCACUUUGAUUUAUACUCAUCCGGAUGUUAUUGGAUCUUUCUUGACUCCAGAUGUGAAGUUUGAUUUGUGGUCCAUUGGUAUUAGUGCAAUGGAAUUAUGGCAAGGCACCCACCCAUUUGAGAGUGUCAAAACCCAAAUCCAGCUUGUGAAUUGUAUACAGUCUUGGGAACCUUCAAUUAGGCGGAAAGAUGACGGUUAUGAGGAGAUUCUGGAUUUCGUUUUAAUUUGUUUAGAUCGAAAUGACGACAAAUUGUCAAUAAAUAAAGUAAAGGAACACUCUUACUUUCGCCAGUUCGAUGUCAACGAUAAAGAACCGUAUAUCUGGAUCAAAAACAAGUUCGAGUGA